AUGCUCCUCCUUCUUCAAUAUACUUCGUCUUCUUUUCGGAUCGCCGCUGCCUUUAAUGUCGUCCUGCCGCGACGGAAUUCGUCACCGAGAAGAACAUCAGCAGCAGGCAUCCGAGGACGAAUGAGCAUUAUCAAUAUGUCUACGACGAGCUCGCCGAAGCGACCGAGCAAAUUUGCAGCUCUCAUGCCAGGAGAAGCCUCUGCUGCACCGGCCACUGGUUGGCCCCCAUUGGAGUUUUCUUCCACAACAGCAAGCAUUCGAACCUCCAUUUUGCCAGAUGAUCCCUGCCAUACAAAUGAACAGCCCUUGUUACAUCAUCGACGAGAAAUCUAUUACAAACCCUCUCUUCUUUCCGAAAACCAGGUCCUUGAUCUUGUGGAACUACUAGAAGCCUCAUCUGUUGAACUACGAGAGAAAGAAGCACGAUGUUUAGUGGCAAUGGAAGAUGGAGACAUAUGCAACACUGCUAGUAGCAAACUCUCCGAGAUUUUGAUCCCCAUGUUGAUGGAACAGGUUCUUCCCUUUGCUAGAGAAGUCUGCCAGGCUCCAAAUCUUGCCAUCGCAGACGCUUUGAUACGAUCCUAUGAUCCAAAUGACAACAGAGAGGCAUUGCCACAGCACUAUGACAAAACCGCCUAUUGUUCGGUGAUUGUUCCCUUGAAUCCGACGGAAUGCGAAGGAGGUCUUUACGUACAGCCUGGUGCUUCGGUAAAUACGCGUCGAGAAGUUCAAUUCCAAACAGCUGGAGAUGCUGUACUGCAUCGUUACGAUGUUAUGCAUGGAGUUCACGUUCGAAAAGGGAAGCGAUACUCGCUUGUGGUAUGGAUGGCCGAAACAGAAGAUUCUGUAGUCCAAAAAACGGCGCCGUGGGUGGAACGAGAGGCCAAUAUCAGUGUCCAUGCCGCCUUUUUGUAUGCCAACAAUAUCAAAGAGGGUCUUUUGGGAUUCUCCAAGAAUGAAACAUUGGCGAGAAGUCUCUAUGAAUGGGCAUCGGAACAAGGGCAUGCCUAUUCUCAAUACGUCUUGGCACUAUGGCUUUUCAAAGAUCGGCAGGAACGAGUGCGUGGGGUAGAUCUGCUGCGUCAAGCUUCGACAGGAGGACUUGCGUCGGCACAACACAUGUUAGGAAUAUUGUAUAAGGAAGGAUAUCAAGGGCUAGAGACGAACAGAGAUCUAGCGCAAUCGUAUUUGAGAAGUGCAGCAAACCAGGGCUAUGGACCAUCACUGGAAAUACUCAAUGACCCCUCGAGGUGGUAG